AUGGCGCCGAAGAUCCGCCUCCCCGCGGCGGCCCUGUCCAACCGCUGGGAGGAGCGAGCGCUCCGCUCACGUCCCCUCCGCCCUUGGGGGAGUGUCAUGAAGGGUGAAAGAGAGUUCGGGGGGCAGAAGCCCUUAGGAGGUGGGAUAGACCACUGGGUGACACCAUUUGAGCCCCAUCAAGAUGACUGCUGCGACACUGCCUGCCGCGCAUCUACCUUUUCUUUGACCGCCGCUCAUAGCACUGGAGGUUUGCUCGCGAUCUCGAUGAUCUCCGCCAUCUUACAGGAGCAAUCUCAGAGUGACGCAGAUCCGAACAGGAGAUCUCUGGGGCUCUUGGCCCAGCCGUUGGCAGCAUUUGCGGUGCUACCUUGCUUGGGCACCUUGCUGGUGAAGGCUCCUGAUGUGGUGAAAGCCCUGCGGCUUCUUUGCAGCAGCGCCUUUGUCCUGUGCCUUCUGGUGGAUUUGAUGCUCCCAAGCCUCUUCAUGACCACCCACAAGGUGUCCGACGCGCUGCCGGUCCUGUCGAUGCUUCUGGGUUUCUGUGAAGGCGGCGUCAAGUUGGCCUUGCUGAGCGUCUGUGAGAAUCAGGCGGUGAAGUGCAACGAGGCCACCCGUUUGGCCGAAGGCUUUGCCGUGGCCUACCUACUGAACCUGUGGGGCGAAUCCUUGGGCGUGGCAAUGGCCUUGGCCCCAUGGGGCAAAAACGGCUACUUCACGAACUUCACCAGUGAGAAGUGUGUGGCCGGCAGCACGUGCAUGAGAAUGCAGAUUUGUGGUCUCCUGUGCAUCCCCUUCCAGCUGAUUGCGCUGGUCUUGGCAUUGCGCCUGCCGGGCGACCGGAAGCGCUGGCGGAACUCGCCGAGUGCGAAGGUCCAAGAGGAGGCCGAAGAGAGAAAUGCCGGAGCCUCACGGAGCCGGGGAGUGGCCGGCACUGAGUCCUUGAAGAAGACGUUGCUGAGGCAAGAGAAUGCCAAGAGGCUGGCUCGCUUCAUCAGCUUCUACACUGGACCUGAUGCAGAUGGGCGGCUCCGCAGAAGCGGCCUUUGCUUGCAGCUGACUCGCAUCGCUGUGUCCUUGGCUUCGAAAAAACGAGUAGAUGUGGAAGAUCUCGAUUCUUUGCCUUUGCUCAUCCGUUUGGGAAGUGCGCAGGAUUGGGUUCUUUGGUUGGAAAAGCACGAGGCGGAAUUCCGACAAUGCCUCAAGGAGGCCACGGAGAAGAGACGCAGCAUCACCAUGCGACUCCAGCAAGUGGAGGGUAUGUCCUGCGCUCUGCGUUUGCAACCAAAAUCACGUGAAUCCUUGCCUGACGUGAUGUGGGCCCGCUUGCUGAAGCAACAGAAGCAUGGUUGGUUUUGUUUCUCUAAGUGCAGCCAGCCGCAUCCGGUCUUCUGGUUUUGCAAUAUUGGAGGCCAGUGCAGCUCGUUGCCCUGCGUCCGUGUGAAGCCGAAUUUGUUCUGGUGA